UCUCCCGCUAGCUCCGCAGCCGUCACCGCCCUCCUUAUGGCCGCCCGCGGGGGCUCCGCCGACAGCCGGGACGGGGCGCCGCGCCGCUCCAGUUGCUGUGGUAUCCAGGGAGCCCUCCUCCUCCGGCAGGAGAUGCACGCCGGCCGUUGCUAAGGUUGCCUCCGCGGUAACAUGCACAUCCUGUUUACACCUUCAUCCGGAGGACUCAGGCUCGCCUAGAGGUACCGCUGCACCCAGCCCACCCCAAGGGACAGGGACAUCUGUGGGGCUGCCCCCAGCUCCCCUCGAAAGCAAGCCUUCGUGGCUCUGUCCUUGGCGAGAUGACGAACAACGUGGCUGACCACCACCCUGGGAACUCGGUUGCUGAAGGCAACCAUGAGGGGGACUUUGGUUGCUCCGUGGUGGAGCUCAGGAAUCUCAUGGAGCUGCGGAGUGCCGAGGCAGUCGCCCGGAUUAACGACUCCUAUGGCGGCGUGCAGAGUGUCUGCAAGAGGCUGAAGACGUCGCCGGUUGAAGGUCUGUCUGGGAACCCGACUGACCUGGAGAAGAGGAGGCAGGUGUUCGGCCAGAACUUCAUUCCUCCCAAGAAAGCCAAGACGUUCCUGCAGUUAGUGUGGGAGGCACUCCAGGACGUCACCCUGAUCAUCUUGGAAAUAGCAGCCAUAAUCUCCCUGGGGCUGUCGUUCUACCACCCCCCGGGUGGUGACAAUGAACUGUGUGGGCAGUCGUCAGGUGGCGUGGAGGACGAGGGUGAGGCACAGGCCGGCUGGAUCGAGGGGGCAGCCAUCCUGUUUUCAGUCAUCAUUGUGGUGCUGGUGACUGCCUUCAAUGACUGGAGCAAAGAGAAGCAAUUCCGCGGCCUCCAGAGCCGCAUUGAACAAGAGCAGAAGUUCACAGUGAUCCGCAAAGGGCAGGUGAUCCAGAUUCCUGUGGCAGAGAUCGUGGUGGGAGACAUUGCACAGAUCAAGUAUGGUGACCUCUUGCCAGCGGAUGGCAUUCUGAUCCAAGGGAAUGACCUGAAAAUAGAUGAGAGCUCGCUGACUGGAGAGUCCGACCAAGUUAAAAAAUCACUUGAUAAAGACCCCAUGCUGCUGUCAGGUACCCACGUGAUGGAGGGCUCUGGGCGGAUGGUGGUGACCGCAGUGGGAAUCAACUCCCAGACAGGAAUCAUCUUCACUCUUUUGGGUGCAGGAGAAGGAGAUGAGGAAAAGAAGGUGAAGAAAGGUAAAAAAACCGGAGCCCCUGAAAAUCGCAACAAAGCUAAAACUCAGGAUGGUGUGGCCUUAGAGAUCCAACCCCUGAAGAGCCAGGAAGGGGUGGAAAAUGAGGAGAAGGAGAAGAAGAAGGUGAAGGUGCCCAAGAAGGAGAAGUCUGUGCUCCAGGGGAAGCUGACGCGCCUGGCGGUCCAGAUUGGGAAGGCAGGGCUCAUCAUGUCGGCCAUCACGGUGAUCAUCUUGGUACUGUACUUUGUCAUCGACACCUUUGGGGUGCAGCGUCGGCCCUGGCUGGCGGAGUGCACCCCCAUCUACAUCCAGUACUUCGUCAAGUUCUUCAUCAUCGGUGUCACCGUGCUGGUGGUGGCUGUGCCCGAAGGGCUCCCCCUGGCAGUCACCAUCUCCCUGGCCUACUCGGUGAAGAAAAUGAUGAAGGACAACAACCUUGUGAGGCACUUGGAUGCUUGUGAGACCAUGGGUAACGCCACUGCCAUCUGCUCAGACAAGACUGGCACGCUCACUAUGAACCGAAUGACUGUGGUGCAAGCCUAUGUUGGGGACACCCACUACCGCCAGAUCCCUGACCCUGAAGCCAUCCUGCCCAAGAUCCUGGACCUCAUUGUCAAUGGUGUUGCCAUCAACUCUGCCUACACAUCCAAGAUCCUGCCACCAGAGAAGGAAGGGGGGCUACCCCGGCAAGUGGGGAACAAGACAGAGUGUGCCUUGCUGGGCUUCGUGCUGGACCUGAAGCAGGAUUACCAGGCUGUGCGGAAUGAGGUGCCAGAGGAGAAGCUGUACAAGGUCUACACCUUCAAUUCAGUGCGCAAGUCCAUGAGCACGGUGCUCAAGAACAGCGACAACAGCUUCCGCAUGUACAGCAAGGGAGCCUCUGAGAUCAUCCUCCGCAAGUGCACAAAGAUCCUGGACAAGAAUGGUGACCCCCGGGUGUUCAAAGUGAAGGAUCGGGAUGAGAUGGUGAAGAAGGUGAUUGAGCCCAUGGCAUGCCAUGGGCUGCGGACCAUCUGCCUGGCCUUCCGUGACUUCCCUGCUGACACUGAGCCUGACUGGGACAGUGAGAAUGAGAUCCUGUCUGACUUGACCUGCAUUGCUGUGGUGGGGAUAGAGGACCCAGUGCGGCCAGAGGUGCCAGAUGCCAUCCUGAAGUGCCAGCGUGCAGGCAUCACUGUCCGCAUGGUGACUGGGGACAACAUCAACACUGCCCGUGCCAUCGCCACCAAGUGUGGCAUCCUGCUGCCUGGAGAGGACUUCCUGUGCCUGGAAGGGAAGGAGUUCAACCGGCUUAUCCGCAACGAGAAGGGCGAGGUGGAACAGGAGCAGCUGGACAAGAUCUGGCCCAAGCUGCGUGUGCUGGCCCGCUCGUCCCCAACAGAUAAGCACACGCUUGUCAAAGGAAUUAUUGACAGCACUGUUGGUGACCAGCGGCAGGUGGUGGCUGUCACCGGGGAUGGGACCAAUGAUGGCCCAGCUCUGAAGAAAGCUGACGUUGGAUUUGCUAUGGGCAUUGCAGGCACUGAUGUUGCAAAGGAGGCUUCAGACAUCAUCCUGACGGAUGACAACUUCACCAGCAUCGUCAAGGCAGUGAUGUGGGGUCGCAACGUCUAUGACAGCAUCUCCAAGUUCCUGCAGUUCCAGCUGACAGUUAACGUGGUGGCUGUCAUCGUGGCUUUCACGGGCGCCUGCAUCACGCAGGAUUCUCCCCUGAAAGCCGUGCAGAUGCUGUGGGUGAACCUCAUCAUGGACACCUUUGCCUCCUUAGCCCUGGCAACGGAGCCCCCAUCUGAAUCCCUGCUGCUCCGCAAGCCGUAUGGCCGCAACAAGCCGCUCAUCUCCCGCACCAUGAUGAAGAACAUCCUGGGGCACGCUGUGUACCAGCUGACUAUCAUUUUCACACUGCUUUUUGUGGGGGAGAAACUGUUUGACAUUGACAGUGGCCGGAACGCCCCGUUGCAUUCCCCACCCACCGAGCACUACACCAUUGUCUUCAACACCUUCGUCAUGAUGCAGUUAUUCAAUGAGAUCAAUGCACGCAAGAUCCACGGGGAGAGGAAUGUCUUUGAGGCCAUCUACCGCAAUCCCAUCUUCUGCACAGUGGUGCUGGGGACGUUUGCAGCCCAGAUCAUCAUUGUGGAGUUUGGUGGGAAGCCAUUCAGCUGCUCCGGGCUCACCCUGAGCCAGUGGUUCUGGUGUAUAUUUAUUGGAGUGGGAGAGCUCCUCUGGGGCCAGCUGAUCUGCACAGUCCCUACCAGCCACCUGAAAUUCCUCAAGGAAGCUGGGCACGGCAUCACCAAGGAGGAGAUCCCAGAGGAAGAGCUGCCAGAGGAUGUGGAUGAGAUCGACCACGCUGAGAUGGAGCUGCGGCGUGGGCAGAUCCUGUGGUUCAGGGGUCUCAACAGGAUACAGACGCAGAUGGACGUAGUUUACACAUUCCAGACCGGCGCCUCCUCUUUGCAGGGAGCCCUCAGGAGACAGCCUUCCAUCGUGAGCCAGCACCACGAUAUCAAGGUGGUGAAUGCGUUCCGUAGCUCCCUGUAUGAAGGCCUCGAGAAACCUGAGUCCAGAAGCUCCAUCCAUAACUUCAUGACACACCCGGAGUUCAUCCUGGAGGAAGAUGAGCCUCGAACACCAUUCCUUGACAGCGCCGAAGAUGACCCCGAGACCGACGGACUCACAAAGCGAGGUGGGGGCAGCCUGGGUGGAUCUUCAUCCCUCAACAGAAAUAACAACGCAGUGGACAGUGAUCAAACCGAGGUCAACUUUGUGGAGCCUGAAAGCCUCUUUCACAGCUUGGAGACAUCGGUUUGACCUUAGAACUUCAAACCCCCUCCCACCGCCCUCCUCCACCUUCGCCCCACGUCCAGCGUGAUGUUGCCAUCAGUAACUGAUCACAAGCUGCAGUCACUUUGUGUCAAACUGCUCAUAAGUAUAUCAUUUGGGGUUGUUUUUGUUUUGUUUUGUUUUGUUUUUUACUAUGAUUUAGCUGUGGGAACCAGAGUACCAUGAUGCUGAGAAUUAGAAGAGGGGGCAUCGUGCAUCUUCGCCCCUAGUUUUCAGUGGUACUUGCCCAAGUGAAACAGCCAGGUUAUUUCCUCUCUGAGAGUUGGGCUCCAUGUGCCUGCAGGGGGUUUUCACGUUGAAAAAUGCAUGUUCCAAGGAAGCUCAAAUUGUUGUAGUCUUACAUGCACAGUCCCUGCCUGAGGGCUGAGGUGCACUUGUGACUUUCUUUUUCACUUGUGGUUUUUAAGGUUUUCUUCCAAUGUUGGGGGUUUGUUCUUUGCUUGUGGGAUUUGCCCCCAGUUACUUCACAGUGGGAAGUUGGGGGAGUUAGCACUGUAGUGCAAAAAGCCUAAAAAUAAAACAAAAACAAAAAAAAAAAAAAAAACAGUCGGGAGGAAGGUGUUUACUCACAGGUUGCUCAGACAGGGAUGUACACCAGUCUUCCACCUUGACAAAUGGUACCCAGCCUUUACAGCUCCUCCUCUUGUGUGCACACAUUGCUGUCUGUUUCCAAAGCAGUCUCUGGUAGACAAGGAAUGAAGGUGGCUUGGCUUGGUUGUGAGGACUUGAUUUUAUUUUUUCCUUUUUUUCCUUUUUCUUCCUGCCAUGAAGUAAGGUGGAGGUGAAUGGCAGGUCAAGCAUGGUGAAGAAGAAACAGUGAGAAACGGGGUGCUUUCUGUUAGAGGAGCUGCGUCUCUUUUGCUCGUGGUCACCUGUGCAGCGUUUUGGCGAGAGCUCUGGGGAGCUUUAGCAGUUCCCACUGUCAGGAGCAGAGGGACUUUUGCCUGCUUUGGAUUGUCUGUACUCCUCCUGGGCUGAGUAAUCAUCAGCCUCGCAGUGAAAGCUGUGUCAGUUGAGGAGGAACCCAGGGGAUGCUCCAGCUGGACCCACCGGUUCUGCGUGUCACUUCUUAAGUGUGAACGGAGAAUAAAUGUUGUUGGUGUGGCUGGGGCGGCUCUCAGAUCAUAAGAACAAGUUGAGUUGUGCCCUAGAAGGAAAGGGAUCUCUGUGGCUGUGGGGAGACCUGUUGGUUUCCACAGCACUCCUGCAGCUGAUGUUGGUGCUGGGUUUGUUGGUCGGCUGCAGCUCUUCCAGAAGUGCUGUGGGCCUUACUUGCUGGAGGUUCUCUCCUCACCCUGCGUCCUGCCUCUCCUUGGUCUAUAGUAACUGUUCCUCUGCAGGGCGGCAGCUGUAGGUUGUGUCCUGUGUGUCCUGGCUCUAGCCAUC